AACCAGAAUUCGUGAGAAUGACAGCACGGUUUGGGGCCACGAUUGUACCAUUUGGGGCUAUAGGAGAAGAUGAUAUGUUUGAACUGGCUCUUGAUUACAAUGACUAUAUGAAAAUUCCUAUGCUUAAUGACUAUAUCAGGGAUGCCAGUCGUAAAUCAAUGAGAAUCAGAGACGAGAGUUUUGGGGAAGUAGCCAGCCAAGAUAUAUUUGUUCCAGGCAUUUUGCCGAAGAUAUAUGGCUGGUUUAACUAUCUAUUCAGGAAGCCUAUAGAAACAAAGGGAAUGGAAGAGGCACUGAAAGAUAAAGAAAAUGCGAAACAACUGUACGAUCAGAUAAAAUACGAAGUUGAAAGCAACAUUGCUUAUCUGUUGAAGAAGCGAGAAGAGGAUCCUUACAGAAAUACUCUUGACAGAACAUUGUACCGAAUGUUGCAUUCUCCUUUACAUGAAGUUCCAGCAUUUAAGCCUUGAAAAAGUUUUUUUUUUCUACA